CGUUUUGACUUCGUUUUUUUCACAUUACACCAGACAGUGAAGCAACUUUUUCCCAUACCGUGCCUCCUUUGAUUAAACACUUUCACCUAACAUAUAGUAGACCCACUCGCAGCCGCAGGUGUCUACCUCUACGUUCCGCGAAAGCAUGAGUGGCAACAAAGCGCGACCGGAGAUAUCGGAGCUCAGGGGAAGGCCGCCCGGUAUAAAAGCCGAAGACACAUCAGCGUCUUCCGAGCGGCCACUGUUACGCUCGGUACAGAGUGGUAUGGGCCCUCGUCUUGUUAACAGCUCGCAUCCGCGCGCCGAAGGCGGUUCAGCUUCCACGCCGGCGAACGGUCAGCAAGCCGAUGCUGUCAAUCGCGCAGUGCAAUCCGUCGGUCCACUCCCCGGGAUGAGCGCGUCGGCCAGGCCGCCACUGCGAUCUGCGAGUGAUAAAAAUACCGCAAGCGUCCCUACGAUUGAUCUUGGCGCCACAGCAGUACACGACGGCAGUGCUCCCGUCGCCGUCACCAGUGACCGCCGCGCGGUCGACCGCGCGCUUUUAUCAGAUUCGUCGGAUGCGGGGGACAGCUCUUUUCUUGCAGACAAUUCUGCUGCGGAACGAGGAGACGAUUUACCGUCGGACUCGCAGGAGGACGCCGACGAAGACGAUGCUGCAAAUAUUAAGCCCGAACCCGAGCAGGACGAGGGACUGCUCGACUUCGACGCGGACCACUUUGCAGAGGAGAUGCUCGCAGAAGCGGAUCAGGGACGGUUUGACCGCCCCGACGAACCGGUGGACGGGCAGAAGCACCGCCACCGGCCGAAGGUCGAGCCGAACUUUGUCGACGAGAUUUCGUUGCACGACGCCGACCCCUCCGGCGAAGAGGAGCUUGUCGCCGCCGCGCCUUUGUACGGUCCCGGCCGCCCCGCGCCCACGGAGGGGGAGCUGGCGGAAAUCGUCUCGUCCAUCAGCAGCGGCGAGGAGGCGGAGACGAAUUUUCACCAGUCUGCACUGCUGCACUUGCCGGAGGACGACCUUUCCACACUGAAGCUGGCGGCGCUGACCGAAGACCGCAUGAACAUGUCGAAGUCGGAACAGGACGCGAUGUACGACGCGCAAGAGACGUGGUCGCUCUCCUCGCUGCAUUCCGACGACCGCCCGCAGACGCCCCCGGUUGGGCAGGUGCGGGAGCACUGGGAGCGGGUGCGCGAUCUGAACGCCGGCGCGCAGAUGCAGCACGUCCGAAACUUACUCAUGCUCCGGGCGCAGCUGCGUCGUCAGCUGCGGGAGCUUGAGAAGAAGGAAGCGGCGGAAGCCAUGAGUGCGUACGACAAGAAGAGCGCGUCGUGGCUCCGCCAGUUCGAGAGGCAGCCCUCGGUUUCACGGUGGAAGAGCGUGGUCUGCCAAAGCGGGCUGCGCGUGCCCGCCGUACACGCGCACUGGUCGUCCGGGUCCGAAAGUGAACGGGACCUCGUGGCGGAGUCGGCGGACCGGCUGUUGCCCCGCGGCGGACUACGGCCGCGCGAACUCUUCCCGACGGUGCACGAAGUGCGCCACCGCGACAUUGCGCUGCGCCGGCUCGUGUCGGCGGCGAGGGAAGAAAUUGCCCUGCGGGGACACGAGCUUGCGCAAGAGGACCGCGAGAAGCUUUUGUUCGAAAUCGCCCAGCAACUGCACGCGAAGCACCAAGCAGCCACCGGGCAGAGCGGACUGGGGGCAGCGGGUCUUAGUGGAGUUGGAAGCGCAGCAGGUGGGAACACCAACUACAUGGCCGCAGCUGGUGCAUCCGGGGGCUUCGCUAUGCGGCACCCGGUCGACGAGCCUGCGAUGCACCAGGACGUGCUCUUGACGCACCACGCGCCCCCGUCGUGGAAAACAGCAGCUCCCGAUGCUGGCAAGGCGAUUGGGACAGACGGCCUGGAGCAGGCUUUACGCAAACUGGAGGCGGAACAACGCGACGCGCCCGUGCCGGUGCCGCAGACCAGUGAGGUGGGCUCGCAGCCGCUGAGUUUUCGAUCGCAGGACUCCGCCCCGCGGGCGGGUCGGCACAAAAUCAAGAUCAAGUAUUUGCCGGAGCCUCCCGGACCGCCCCCUGACCUGAGCAGUAUCUUUCACCAGUUUGAUUUGGUGCAGAAAGUCCCGAAAACCUAUCCCGAGGACGAAGCCGCCGACCUGCUGGAUUUGUCCGACGACGGGCCCAGCACAUCGGAUGAAGAGGCGGAUCCGGGCACUAUCCAUGACCACCCGGGAAAGUACAAAGCGUGGAACGCCGCGACCGCGGAGGACGUGCGCGGCAACGCCGCCCUGGCAGUCAAGGGGGCGAUGAAUCCGGUGGCGAAGAAGGAUAUGCAUCUGCGCGGCAUGUUUGGAUUCCAAACGGGCGCUCGCGGGGACGAGAAGCUCGUGCUCGAUCAACAGAAGCAGGCACACGCCAAUGCCUGGGACUGGCACGCCCAAGCGGAAGAGCCGAAGAUAAAAAAGGGGCAACUUCUGUCGCAACAGUCUCCUGCAGCGAGGCAGACGGGAAGAACACGACCGGGAUUGCAGUCCUCGAACUUUGGUGGCCCUCCUUCGAAACACGGAGACAAUUUUGCAGGAGAAGUGCUGUCUGACUCUGUGGAGCUUCCGGACGAUCUUCAUCCCGACGUGACGGUGCGCACAGUGGCGAGUUAUACGACCACGCGCACCACGCAGACACGUAUACUGGGGGAGGGAGAAACUGCUCCUGCAGGACCACGUGAGAUACCGCCGGGACACGCGAGGCCGAGCGGUGCGGGUGGUUCGCUGGAAAAAUACCACUCCGCGGCGGGAGCGAAAGUGCCUCGGUUGCUCGAGGCGCUGGCCGAGAUGGAGAACGCGCGACGGACCCGGCCGCACCAGGAUUCCGUGUACGUUGAUGCCUGCCGGCAUCGCGUCUUCGCGCAUUCAAGCUCGGAGAUCGGCCACGCCGCCUGGGAAAAGGUGCGUCGGUACGUGGGCCGAAAUCCCCGGGGGGUGUUGAAAAAUCUGAAACGAGCGGCAGAAAGGAGCGCGGUUGAGAGGGAGCAGGAAAGGCAGAUAGAGCAGGCGCGGACGAUUCUUCACGUGGGACAGUGAUUGAAGUUGCGUAUUUUGUACGCAGCGUCUUAUUUUUUAGCGUUUCAAAGUCUGAUUUCUUCCGAAAAGGAAGUUUCUCAGGGUUCUACGCCUUCUUUAUUCGAUGAUAAAAGGAGAUGAGCUACAUCGUUCUACUUCCGUUUGACGCAGAGUUGCGAACUCACUACAGAACGUAAAUCUCUGCUCAGGUAUUUUGAUUUUUUGCUACACUGGUGGUAGCAGGCAACGAUGGAAAACAAACGCAUCCAACCGAAC